AUGGCUAUGGAACGUUCAGCUCAGCCUCUUGCCGCGGCCUCGCAAAAGCCCCCCCGAGCGACGGGCUCGAACCGGUCGAGUGCCGCCCCUCAGGGCGCGAGGAACCGACCCAUCUUGCGCUUCACAACUCCCGCUGUACGAGGUCCCGGCUGGGAGCCUAGUGGUGCCGACAGAGACGAGGAGAACUACGGUCGCCUCCGUCAGCUUCGCCCCUUCCCUGUGCACCAGCACCACCAUCACCUCGACGAGAAGCACGCUGACGGGACCGACGGCUCCGUUCGUACUGGCCACAGCCACGGGCUCUCCAGCACGGGGAAGCGAGUGGCUCGCGCCUUAAUACAUGAUAUCCUCGCAUGCGUGGGAGAGUUUGUCGGAACUUGUACGUACAGAACCGCAAAUCAGAGCAGGCUAGACCCCCUUGUGUAUUGUCUCACCGCUGACGUAUUCCUCGACUCUAUGUUCCACCCCCUGUCCACGGCCGACUCUGAUCCCGGUACGAUCGCCCCCGGCUGUUUCACCCUGGUUACACCUACCCUGCUGCGACGUCUCGAAACGGCUUGGCGCCUCCUCCCCUGUCUUAAUCUUUAAAAUCCGAUUCAAUCAAGCCCAAAACAGUCUUGUUCCUGUUCCUCGCUUUCCAAGGCGCUCAAUCAGCUACCUACAACCGAGGCGCCGUCAACAACCAAUCUUUGACCACCACCGAUAAUCAGGUAAGCUGCCGGCCCCGUAGCGCCCAGAUGACGAUAAUUUUGCUGACUCGACGUGAAAAUAAUCAGACGAUUCUUUACAUUGCUUUGUCGUUUGGCUUUUCGCUCGUCGUGGUGGCCUGGGCUUUCUUCCGGUAAGUGAACGGCGAGUUCAGCUCCUCUGUGCUUACUCUGUCGCUGUUAUUUACCACGUGAGCAACCGACUAUUUUUGAUUGGUAUCCUGCAGAAUCACAGGCUCUGCUUUUAACCCUGCCGUUACCCUGGCGCUGUGGCUCGUCGGCGGGCUCUCCUCUCGUCGUGCCGUCGGCGUCGUCAUUGCCCAAUUGCUCGGAGGAAUCGCUGCCGCCGGACUGUCGAAGGGUGUCACGCUCGGCACUUUCUCCGUUCAGAAUUCGCUCGUCGUGGGACUCUCGUCUGGCAAAGGUCUCGUUAUCGAGAUGCUGACCACCGCUCUGCUCUGCUUCACCGUGCUCAUGCUCGCCGCCGAAAAAUCGCGUUCGACGUUCCUCGCCCCUGUUGCAAUCGGUUUGGCCCUCUUCGUUGGGCAUCUUGCUAGCAUCGGCUGGACUGGCGCCGGUAUCAAGUAAGUCAGGUGGGACAUAGUUGAAGCGCGUGAUCGGCUCGCUGAAAGCUGACUACUUGACUCUGUUUCUAAUGUACAGCCCUGCUCGCACUUUUGGUCCCUGUGUCGUCAGCGGAUCCUUCCCCCACAACGCAUGGCUCUACUACGUGGGCCAGUUCCUCGGUUCGCUCCUGUCGACUGCGAUUUACGUGCUCUUGAAGCACCUUGACUACGAGGAGGUCGUUGGCUCGAUCGAUUCGGCCGACGCCUCGCAAAGUGCGGCUAUCGACGGUGCUCCUCUCAUGAAGGGCUUGGCCAACACCGCCAACCUCAUCCCUGGCGUGCAAAUCGGCGACGAACCCGACACGGAUGCCACCUCGCAUGCGACAGUCACCGAUGACGCCGCUGCGAUGGAAGAGGGCAAAGCCGAGCACCGGCCCGGAGGAACUCUGACCGAGAAGGCUUAG